CUGGGACCAGCAGAUCUGGGACCAUAACAGCAGAUCUGGGAUCAGCAGAUCAGGGACCAUAACAGCAGAUCUGGGACCAGGAUAGCAAGAGCCUGUCAAUCCGUCACGCUGGGCUCUACCAAGGCUAGUGUUCUACCACUGGCCAACAUGAAGCUGCUGAACGGAGGAGGAGGAGGAGGAGGAGGAGGAGGAGGAGGAGGAGGAGGAGGAGGAGGAGGAGGAGGAGGAGGAGGAGAAGAAGAAGUAAGAGGAGGAGAAGGACGAGGAGGAGAGAAGAAUGCAUUCUCCUUCAAGAAGUGUUCUGCUUUUCAGUUUGUGAAGAGAAAGGUCAGGAAGUGGAAGAUGUUGAGCCGUCACCACGUCGAUGCUAAGCAGAAGGAGGCGGAGUCUGAGGUGCACCUUGGGGGCGGUCCUUGGGGGGUGAGCACCAACCACCAGCUGGCUAGCCCUGUCAUGCUGGAGUGCUGUGUCUGCAGUGGACCCUUCGUUAGCUACGCUCUGGAAGAGGCCUGGCAGCCACGGCAACGCACACAGGCGAUGGAUCUGUACUACCAUAGUGAACCAGACCCAGAGUACUACUGCUGUCCCAACGACUCUACGUUCCUGAAACAGAGGAGAAUGGGGCUGAAUGACUUCAUUCAGAGGCUGGCCACUAGUAACUCCUACACCUGCAAGCAUCCUGAGGUUCAGUCUGUCGUCAGCUUGGCUCCCCAACAACAGGAGGCUGAACUCAUGAACGCCAAUCCCUCUCCCCCUCCCAGUCCCUCCCAGCAGAUGAACCUGGGCCCGUCCUCCAACCCCACAGCCAAGCCCAGUGACUUCCACUUCCUGAAGGUGAUAGGAAAGGGCAGCUUCGGGAAGGUCCUCCUAGCCAGGCACCGAACAGACGACCAGUUCUACGCUGUUAAGGUGCUGCAGAAGAAGGCCAUCCUGAAGAAGAAAGAGGAGAAACACAUCAUGUCUGAGAGGAACGUCCUGUUGAAGAACAUUAAACACCCCUUCCUAGUGGGACUACACUACUCCUUCCAGACCGUUGAUAAACUCUACUUUGUACUGGACUACAUUAACGGAGGAGAGUUGUUCUACCAUCUCCAGAGGGAGCGGCGUUUCUUAGAGCCCCGGGCCAGGUUCUAUACAGCGGAGAUCGCCAGUGCCCUAGGAUACCUCCACUCUCUAAACAUCGUGUACAGAGACCUGAAGCCUGAGAAUAUUCUACUGGAUUCUCAAGGACACAUUAUACUCACGGACUUCGGGCUCUGCAAGGAGAACAUAGAACAGAACGGAACCACGUCGACAUUCUGUGGAACACCAGAAUACCUAGCUCCAGAGGUGAUACACAAGCAGCCGUAUGACAGGACGGUUGACUGGUGGUGUUUAGGAGCCGUCCUUUAUGAGAUGUUGUAUGGUCUGCCUCCGUUCUACAGUCGCAACACAGCAGAGAUGUACGACAACAUCUUGAACAAGCCCCUGCAGCUCAAACCCAACAUCUCUGACGCUGCCAAGCACCUACUGGAGGGACUGCUGCAGAAAGACCGCACACAACGACUGGGACACAGCCACGACUUCGAGGAGAUCAUGAACCACAUGUUCUUCUCCCCCAUCAACUGGGAUGCCCUGACCUCGAAGAAGCUUACCCCCCCUUUCAACCCAAACGUGACGGGCCCUAAUGACCUUCGUCACUUUGAUCCAGAAUUCACAGACGAGCCCGUCCCCUCUUCCAUUGGCUGUUCCCCUGACUCCUCCCUCAUCACUGCCAGCAUCACGGAGGCAGCCGAGGCCUUCCUAGGGUUCAGCUACGCACCCUCCAUGGACUCAUACCUGUAGGAUAUUAUACCUGUAGGAUAUUAUACCUGUAGGGUAUCAUACCUGUAGGAUAUCAUACCUGUAGGAUAUCAUACCUGUAGGAUAUCAUACCUGUAGGAUAUCAUACCUGUAGGUUAUCAUACCUGUAGGAUAUCAUACCUGUAGGAUAUCAUACCUGUAGGAUAUCAUACCUGUAGGAUAUCAUACCUGUAGGAUAUCAUACCUGUAGGUUAUCAUACCUAUAGGAUAUCAUACCUGUAGGAUACCUACAGACCCCUCCAUGGACCUAUAGGACACAUCAUAAACAUCCCUAUUUACUAACUAAAUAGGAACAAUCCCCCAUAUGACAGGGGUACAGACCUGUAGUUCUACCCCCCCCAAACCCUAAGGGAGAGAUAGAUCUGAAUGUUCCGGAAGACUGCGACCCGGGGGGGGGGGGGGGGGGUUGCUCUUUAAGGUGCCUUUAUAAAGAAGAGGAUCUCUCUCUCCAUUGGUCCGUUCUGAUUAAUCCCGUCUCGCACUGAUGACUCAUGGUUCUGGGUCUGUCCCAAAUGGCACCCUAUUCCCUAAUAGUUCACUACUUUAGACCAGAACCCUAUUCCCUAUAUAGUGCACUACUUUAGACCAGAGCCCUAUGGCACCCUAUUCCCUAUAUAGUGCACUACUUUAGACCAGAGCCCUAUUCCCUAUAUAGAGCACUAAUUUAGACCAGAGCCCUAUUCCCUAUAUAGUACACUACUUUAGACCAGAACCCUAUUCCCUAUAUAGUGCACUCCUAUAGACCAGAGCCCUAUUCCCUAUAUAGUACUCUACUUUAGACCAGAGCCCUAUUUGUGGCCUGCUGGAGGUCAUUUUGCAGGGCUCUGGCAGUGCACCUCCUUGCACAAAGGCGGAGGUAGCGGUCCUGCUGCUGGGUUGUUGCCCUCCUACGGCCUCCUCCACGUCUCCUGAUGUACUGGCCUGUCUCCAGGUAGCGCCUGCAUGAUCUGGACACUACGCUGACAGACACAGCAAACCUUUUUGCCACAGCUCGCAUUGAUGUGCCAUCCUGGAUGAACUGCACUACCUGAGCCACUUGUGUGGGUUGUAGACUCCGUCUCAUGCUACCACUAGAGUGAGAGCACCGCCAGCAUUCAAAAGUGACCAAAACAUCAGCCAGGAAGCAUAGGAACUGAGAAGUGGUCUGUGGUCACCACCUGCAGAAUCACUCCUGUUUUGGGGGGUGUCUUGCUAACUGCCUAUAAUUUCCACCUUUUGUCUAUUCCAUUUGCACAACAGCAUGUGAAAUUUAUUGUCAAUCAGUGUUGCUUCCUAAGUGGACAGUUUGAUUUCACAGAAGUGUGAUUGACUUGGAGUUACAUUGUGUUGUUUAAGUGUUGCCUUUAUUUUUUUGAGCAGUGUAUAUAGGGAAUAGGGCUCUGGUCUAAUGUACUGCACUGUAUAGAUAUAGGGCCCUGAAAUUCAACUCUGGACCUCGAAGCCAAUGUACUGUUGUUUUUCAUUGUUCCCCUCUCAUCAGGGACUGAUUUAGACCUGGGACUACAGGUGGGUGAUUCCCCUCUAAUCAGGGCCUGAUUUAGACCUGGGACACCAGGUGGGUGAUUCCCCUCUAAUCAGGGCCUGAUUUAGACCUGGGACACCAGGUGGGUGAUUCCCCUCUAAUCAGGGCCUGAUUUAGACCUGGGACACCAGGUGGGUGAUUCCCUUCUAAUCAGGGACUGAUUUAGACCUGGGACACCAGGUGGGUGAUUCCCCCUCUAAUCAGGGCCUGAUUUAGACCUGGGACACCAGGUGGGUGAUUCCCACUCUAAUCAGGGCCUGAUUUAGACCUGGGACACCAGGUGGGUGAUUCCCCUCUAAUCAGGGACUGAUUUAGACCUGGGACACCAGGUGGGUGAUUCCCCUCUAAUCAGGAACUGAUUUAGACCUGGGACACCAGGUGGGUGAUUCCCUUCUAACCAGGGACUGAUUUAGACUUGGGACACCAGGUGGGUGAUUCCCCUCUAAUCAGGGCCUGAUUUAGACCUGGGACACCAGGUGGGUGAAUCCCCUCUAACCAGGGACUGAUUUAGACCUGGGACACCAGGUGGGUGAUUCCCCUCUAAUCAGGGCCUGAUUUAGACCUGGGACACCAGGUGGGUGAUUCCCCUCCAAUCAGGGCCUGAUUUAGACCUGGGACACCAGGUGGGUGAUUCCCCUCUAACCAGGGACUGAUUUAGACCCGGGACACCAGGUGGGUGAUUCCCCUCUAAUCAGGGCCUGAUUUAGACCUGGGACACCAGGUGGGUGAUUCCCCUCUAAUCAGGGCCUGAUUUAGACCUGGGACACCAGGUGGGUGAUUCCCUUCUAAUCAGGGACUGAUUUAGACCUGGGACACCAGGUGGGUGAUUCCCCCUCUAAUCAGGGCCUGAUUUAGACCUGGUACACCAGGUGGGUGAUUCCCCUCUAAUCAGGGCCUGAUUUAGACCUGGGACGCCAGGUGGGAGAUUUCCCCCUCUAAUCAGGGACUGAUUUAGACCUGGGACACCAGGUGGGUGAUUCCCCUCUAAUCAGGGCCCGAUUUAGACCUGGGACACCAGGUGGGUGAUUCCCCCUCUAAUCAGGGCCUGAUUUAGACCUGGGACGCCAGGUGGGUGAUUCCCCCCUCUAAUCAGGGACUGAUUUAGACCUGGGACACCAGGUGGGUGAUUCCCCUCUAAUCAGGGCCUGAUUUAGACCUGGGACACCAGGUGGGUGAUUCCCCUCUAAUCAGGGCCUGAUUUAGACCAGGGACGCCAGGUGGUGGAUUUCCCCCUCUAAUCAGGGACUGAUUUAGACCUGGGACACCAGGUGGGUGAUUCCCCUCUAAUCAGAGCCUGAUUUAGACCUGGGACGCCAGGUGGGUGAUUUCCCUCUAACCAGGGACUGAUUUAGACCUGGGACACCAGGUGGGUGAUUUCCCUCUAAUCAGGACCUGAUUUAGACCUGGGACACCAGGUGGGUGAUUCCCUUCUAACCAGGGACUGAUUUAGACUUGGGACACCAGGUGGGUGAUUCCCCUCUAAUCAGGGCCUGAUUUAGACCUGGGACACCAGGUGGGUGAAUCCACUUUAACCAGGGACUGAUUUAGACCUGGGACACCAGGUGGGUGAUUCCCAUCUAAUCAUGGACUGAUUUAGACCUGGGACACCAGGUGGGUGAUUCCCCUCUAAUCAGGGCCUGAUUUAGACCUGGGACGCCAGGUGGGUGAUUCCCACUCUAAUCAGGGCCUGAUUUAGACCUGGGACGCGAGGUGGGUGAUUCCCCCUCUAAUCAGGGCCUGAUUUAGACCUGGGACACCAGGUGGGUGAUUCCCCUCUAAUCAGGGACUGAUUUAGACCUGGGACACCAGGUGGGUGAUUCCCCUCUAAUCAGGGCCCGAUUUUGACCUGGGACACCAGGUUGGUGAUUCCCCCUCUAAUCAGGGCCUGAUUUAGACCUGGGACACCAGGUGGGUGAUUCCCCUCUAAUCAGGGCCUGAUUUAGACCUGGGACGCCAGGUGGGUGAUUCCCCCCUCUAAUCAGGGACUGAUUUAGACCUGGGACGCCAGGUGGGUGAUUCCCCUCUAAUCAGGGCCUGAUUUAGACCUGGGACACCAGGUGGGUGAUUCCCUUCUAAUCAGGGACUGAUUAAGACCUGGGACACCAGGUGGGUGAUUCCCCCUCUAAUCAGGGCCUGAUUUAGACCUGGGACACCAGGUGGGUGAUUCCCCUCUAAUCAGGGCCUGAUUUAGACCUGGGACGCCAGGUGGGUGAUUUCCCCCUCUAAUCAGGGACUGAUUUAGACCUGGGACACCAGGUGGGUGAUUCCCCUCUAAUCAGGGCCCGAUUUAGACCUGGGACACCAGGUGGGUGAUUCCCCCUCUAAUCAGGGCCUGAUUUAGACCUGGAACACCAGGUGGGUGAUUCCUCUCUAAUCAGGGCCUGAUUUAGACCUGGGACGCCAGGUGGGUGAUUCCCCCCUCUAAUCAGGGACUGAUUUAGACCUGGGACACCAGGUGGGUGAUUCCCCUCUAAUCAGGGCCCGAUUUAGACCUGGGACACCAGGUGGGUGAUUCCCCCUCUAAUCAGGGCCUGAUUUAGACCUGGGACACCAGGUGGGUGAUUCCCCUCUAAUCAGGGCCUGAUUUAGACCUGGGACACCAGGUGGGUGAUUCCCCUCUAAUCAGGGCCUGAUUUAGACCAGGGACGCCAGGUGGGUGAUUUCCCCCUCUAAUCAGGGACUGAUUUAGACCUGGGACACCAGGUGGGUGAUUCCCCUCUAAUCAGGGCCUGAUUUAGACCUGGGACGCCAGGUGGGUGAUUUCCCCCUCUAAUCAGGGACUGAUUUAGACCUGGGACACCAGGUGGGUGAUUCCCCUCUAAUCAGGGCCCGAUUUAGACCUGGGACACCAGGUGGGUGAUUCCCCCUCUAAUCAGGGCCUGAUUUAGACCUGGGACACCAGGUGGGUGAUUCCCCUCUAAUCAGGGCCUGAUUUAGACCUGGGACGCCAGGCGGGUGAUUCCCCCCUCUAAUCAGGGACUGAUUUAGACCUUGGACGCCAGGUGGGUGAUUCCCCCAUCUAAUCAGGGACUGAUUUAGACCUGGGACACCAGGUGCUUUAUUCCCCUCUAAUCAGGGCCCGAUUUAGACCUGGGACACCAGGUGGGUGAUUCCCACUCUAAUCAGGGCCUGAUUUAGACCUGGGACAGCAUGUGGGUGAUUCCCCUCUAAUCAGGGCCUGAUUUAGACCUGGGACACCAGGUGGGUGAUUCCCACUCUAAUCAGGGCCUGAUUUAGACCUUGGACACCAGGUGGGUGAUUCCCACUCUAAUCAGGGCCUGAUUUAGACCUGGGACACCAGGUGGGUGAUUCCCACUCUAAUCAGGGCCUGAUUUAGACCUGGGACACCAGGUGGAACAGAGAAGCAGCAGGGUCAGAGGUAAAUACCCCUGGGAUAGGGUGUCAUUUGGGAUGCAGUUAUGGAUGGAUAGAAUGCAUUGUUGUGUUGAGAUCCGUCCUCUCCCCUACUCCCUACCCCCUACUCCCUACCCCCUCUCCCCUACUCCCUACUCCCUCUCCCCUACUCCCUACUCCCUCUCCCCUACUCCCUACCCCCUACUCCCUACCCCCUCUCCCCUACUCCCUACUCCCUACCCCCUACUCCCUACCCCCUCUCCCCUACUCCCUCUCCCCUACCCCCUCUCCCCUACUCCCUACCCCCUCUCCCCUACUGCCUACCCCCUCUCCCCUACUCCCUACCCCCUCUCCCCUACUCCCUACCCCCUCUCCCCUACUCCCUC